AUGAAGACCGCCAUCCUUCUCCACGCCAUCGGGCUCGCCGCCCUCCCCCUCGCCAACGCAAUCCCACUCUCAUCCCUGCACCAUGGCAGCAUCGCCCAACAGGUCAACAUCUCCGCCCAGCAGAUCGAAGCCAUCGCUCCGAGCUCCAAGUCCUGCGCCAAUGUACAGGUUCCGGACGAGUGCGCCACCGCCCAACAGGCCGCGCCCAACAUCGCCAAAGCCUUCCAGACCUACAAGAUCACCUCGCCCGCCGAACAGGCCGCUGUGAUCGGCCUCAUCGCCUUUGAAAGCGUCGAGUUUCGCUACAACAAGAACAAAAGUCCCGGUGUGCCGGGGCAGGGGACCCGCAAUAUGCAGUCCCCCGCCUUCAACAAGAAAUACGCCGAGUCGAUCCCCGCGCUGGCGGAGAAGCUGGCCCCGGUUGCGGAUAAGCCCGCCGAGGUGCUGAAUCUGUUGCUGGCUGAUGAGCGGUAUGAUUUUGCGUCUGGCGCCUGGUUCCUCACGACGCAGUGCACCGACGCCGUGCGCAAGCAGUUGCAGUCCGGGUCUGAGGCCGGCUGGCGCCAGUAUAUCACGGAUUGUGUGGGCACGGAGGCGAACGAGGACCGCAAGGCGUACUGGCAGCGGGCGGUACAGGCCUUGGGCGUGAAGACUGCUUGA